UGGCAAAAAUGAGCAUUAGUUAGCAUGUCUUGAUCCCAAAACUCUUAUAUAUAUGUAUAAGGCAGGGCAGGCAUGUCCUAAGGCACUCUUUGACUGGUAUUCAUUUUAUCAUUUCUCUCCUUCCUUCUUAGUUCCUUUCUCAGCUUCAGAUCUUAUACACAAAUGGCAGCCUCAUCCUACCAACUCCACCACCCUUUCCUUUUGGACACUGCUUACCUUUCAAACACUUCCAUGGAGAUACCCCUACGCAAUCAAGACAUGGCUACCAACUACUCCUCCUCUUCAUUCCAAUACUUCUUUGCACAUGAUCCCAUGCCAGAGAUCAUUGAUAAUGAUGCCAGACCCCAUGAGAGUUGUACCUCCCAUAAUAGUAGCACCACCUCCAAAACCUCUGAUGUUGAGAAGAAAAGAAAGAGCAGUGAUCUUACUUGCUUGAGUUCUAUACAAUCCAAGGAGAGUAAGAGCAGGAGCAAGAAAAAAGCAAAUGGUGGAUUAAAGGAAGUUGAGGAGGAUAAGAUCAGCAAGAAAGAGAAGAAGAAGAAAACUUGUGAUCAGGAGCCUCCUGAAGGUUAUAUUCAUGUUAGAGCAAGGAGGGGCCAAGCAACAGAUAGCCACAGCCUUGCAGAAAGAGUUAGAAGGGAAAAAAUAAGUGCUAGGAUGAAGCUGCUACAAGGUUUAGUUCCUGGCUGUGACAAGGUGACUGGGAAAGCUCUUAUGUUAGAUGAGAUCAUAAACUAUGUACAGUCCUUGCAGAAUCAAGUUGAGUUUCUGUCCAUGAAGCUGGCCUCACUAAAUCCCAUAUUGUACAACUUGGGAAUAGACUUUGAUGGCAACAUUAAUCAACUGGAGAAAUUGGAGGGACAGUCACAGCCACUGCCAACUGUGCACCCAACCAAUCACAUUCAGCUCACAGCUUUUGAAGAGGCAACAAACAACUAUAGAAUGAUGGAGGCUUCAGCACCUUUUUUACUGCAUGGUGAAGGUCCCACUGCAUUUUCUCAGGAUAAUAGCAACUCUCUCAUGCAAAUGAGUGGCCAGAGUACUCAAGGAGGAGGCUUUCUCACUCAGCUUUUGUCCAACAGCAUGCUAUCUUUCCACUAACUAUUGUUCAACAGAUCAUCCUCAUGAACACCUUGCCUGAUGUCUUUAGCUUGAGAUUCUGUGAAUGAGAUUGACAUUGGAUUUGAUUUCCAAGAGAAAAGAAGAGAGAGAGAGAGAGAGAGAGAGAGAGAGAGAGAGAGAGAAGCAAGUUGGAGGACAUGAUAGAGAGAAGUUAAAAUAAAUAACAUAAACUGUGGAGGAUCCUUUGAUGCUGGGGCCUUGUGGACUCUUUGGACAUAUGCACUAAUUUGAAGGCAUUGUUCAUCAUUUUGAUAUGACAUAAUAAUAGUUAGAAGGGGGAGAGAUGAGUGGUCUAGUGUUGUACUACUGUAAGGGAGCUGAUAUGACUAGUCAUGGCAGAUGUGUUCUCUUUGAUUUUUGUUUUAUAUGUUUUCAGUGGAUCUUCAAUAUACUGCUCUCCACCCACCCAUUCUUGCAAUGAAAUUCACUUUUAUAACUGUUGUGGU